AUGGAGAAUAUCUUGAAUGAGCCCGGCAACGCCGCGGGCAAGGCACCGGAAGGAAAUAAAUCCCCUCCACGGGACUCUGGUGUUGAGACCCAUACACUCCGUGCUCGACGCUUCCCGAGUCCGUCUGCGUAUCGGCAGUCAUCAACGACGUCAAGUCGUCGUGCAACAACCACUCAGGGCCCCAGCAUGCGUGACGUGGACACCCUUCAAGAUAACUGGGGGGUGGAGGUGGGUUCCUCUUCUCCUAGCCCCACAUCCGCCGGGGAUCCUUUCUUUAGCAUCAUUUUCCCAGACAAUAUGGGUAGUAGGGAGAGUGAUGGGGCGGCUGAGAAGUCCAACACGUCGUUUUCAAUGCGUCAACGGGAUAGUUUCUGCCGGACGCAGGUGUGUGUGGAGGGAUACUUCCAGGAUGAGGAGGAUGGGUUUUGGGCACUCAUCCCAAAUGACCUCCCGCGCAGCACCAUCCUUUACGUCAUGACGUCGUCGGAAGGCAGGGACAAACUGUUUAAGUGCCUACAGUACGGACUGCAUCUAAUGAUUUGUCUCCUCAAGCGACCGAUGCUAUUUGCGACCGAUGCGCAGAACCUUGCAGACUAUUGGGCGACACGCUUUUGGCGCAACAUCAACACCAUUCGACACGGGCGCAGUUUGUUUAAGUUGGGCCGAUGGGUAUUAAACGUCUUUUUCCUUGAGGAGGUUCUCGGACGCCUUGCCUUGAAGUAUGGCAUUGUGUGGAGCGAGGUGGUGCACCGUAUUGUAUCCGCGUUAUUUCAGUUUUUGCACAUCCCCCUUUCGUGGCGUACGCCGCGGCAUCGCCGGGAUGUUAGCAACGUUUACACGGAAUCCGGCACGGAGGCCUCUGGAGCAGAGAAGGCAGAUAUGUUGUUAACUGACGAGGUGUACUCCCACGUGGCACGGGCGGAGUUCUCGAUGAAGCCGCAGUCUUUCUCGAUGACGCAGGCGGAGCGGAACACCGCUAAGCCUGUGUUGACCGAAACUUCCACCGCGGCCGGUGCCUCGGAGGCGACACGCGUCUACAUGAAGGAGAAGUUCUACGACAGUAUUUCUGAGAUGGAGGCAAGGCGGGUGUCGCAGCAGCAGCAGUUGAGUAGGGGAGGAUCAACGGGUCCGAACGACAGUCAGUGCAUGCCCCCAACCGGGCAGAGUGACUCAAGCACUCACGACUCCCUUUCCACGCCUCCCGACGUGGAGGGCACUUUACCGGCCUCAUUCGUGACAAGAACGCGACAGGAUGACGAGCAGUCAUCGAAAAAACCACUCACAAAGCUGCUGCGCCCGCUCUGUGCGACGGGUGCCGGGGAUGAUGUGGCCAAGCCUCGUGACACGCCUAACAAUGGCACUGGUACGCAGAAGGCAUCUCACGUUGCCCGUUCCUCUACCGAAGAAAAAACAACGGUGGCCUCUCAUGACUUUUUUGCCUCCUACCCGAUUUUGCCGUACGAACCUCGACUAGGGGCUGCUCUACCGCUGCAUCACGGCAACCACCACAAAAGCAGUGUUAACAAUAACAAUAAUAUCAAUGGUAACAAUACUCAUAAUAAUAGUGUCCCUCCGUGCAGUGGAACCAAGAGCCCAGUAUGCCGUGCGAAGCUGCCUCCCAUGCUGGAAGACUGUGACGACGACAUGGGCUCCAGUCCAGGUCCAAAAGAAGUUAGUGAUAUCGAUCUUAAUCCGGCGUCAAACGGAAUUCUUGAGUCGAAGGAGGACACAGGACAGGCCAUUCCGGCGGAGAUGGGAAAACCGGAGCAUUGGCGGAAGCGUCUUUUGCAGUUCAGCACUUCGCUUAUGCUGCUCCUUGGUGUGCGUAGCAUUGCUACAAUCGGUCGCCGUACCUUGCGUGAUAUUCUCCUUCUUUCAUCUGAGCGUUUUUUCAAUGUGUCUUGUGUGGAGAAAAACCGACCGGUGUUGCAACGCCGCGCAAACUGGCUAUGGUUGGCCGUUGCCGCUAUUGAUCUGUUUUUGAACACAAUCCGGUUGAUGGAUAGGGGAUGGUACAAGUAUGCGACCGCGCGGCACAACGCCUUGUAUCAUUGUCAAUGCAAAGAUGACGCGGAGACGGACCUCGGGCGGCGCUACCGUUAUCUUGUUGCGCGGCGUAACGCGGAUCUCUACUUUCCAGCUGUGGACUUUGACUUUGGUGCCCCCCUCUGCUCCUCCCCUGCAUACUUUGAGGCGGCAGCUCCGCAGCACAUUGCCCCUGCGUGUAGGGCUUGUGGCUGUUUGUUUGUCGAGGGUCCCUCUGGCACCGCAGAUGCGUUGGCGCAGCACGAGGCAAAGGAGGAAGGUAAAACCAGUCACCGACAGAAAGAGUCUGUGAGACAAGUCCCCAUGCCCUCUCCCAAUGCGCCGACCCCUGGUGAAAGAGCCGAGGUCGCUAUUCUGCGGGUUCCGUGGCUGGUGAACAAGCUGAUGACAUACGUGCUGCUGUUGCAGACGCACCCAAACUUGACCGCUACCAUCCUCCUGCAGGUGCGAUACAUGACGGAGGUGUACCUUGCCUUCAUGUACUGCUUUGGAGGGUAUGAAACAGGAAAGAGUGAUGCCGCACUGGGAGAUAUGCUGCACCUCCCUGGCGCCAUUGCAGGGAUGCUGGAGGCCGUCCUUGGCCUCCAUCGUGUGAUGCAAAGUGCCCCGAAGUAG